AUGGUUCCCGGUGCCCGUAUUUCCGGCAGCGUGUCUCACACGGCCUGCAGCCGCGCCGGACGCGCUAGGCCCGGCAAGGGGACUGCGGUUCCCGGCAGCGUGUCUCACACGGCCUCCAGCCGCGCCGGACGCGCUAGGCCCGGCACGGGGGCUGCGGUUCCCGGCGCCCGUAUUUCCGGCAGCGUGUCUCACACGGCCUCCAGCGGCGCCGGACGCGCUAGGCCCGGCAAGCGGGCUGCGGCGGCAGCCGCCACGACUUCGACCUCAACGUAUCCCGCCGCCCGCCACUCUGAUGGUCUCGAAAUCCAGGAAGACGUCGCGCCAUCGUCGCAGCGCGACGCAAGCAACAUGAUCAAGAAAGGAAGAAGAGCAGUAGGUCCUAACAAGCGUGGAUUCCACCCAUUCAGCAUGAAAGUGUUGGAGAUGGCUGGACACAAAGGGAGCACAACCUACGACAAGGCCCCAAAGCGCAAAAGGGCUGCUGCAGAUUGUGAUUAUGUAAAUGACAAAGCAAUUGAAGAAACCAGAGAUUUAAAAGUUCAGAAGAAGAUCAAGACAAAUCCUUCUGAAGCUCAUACUGAUCAGCAAUGUCGUAAGAGAAAACACACCCAUAGUGAUGCAAAGGGGCUUGCUGAACAGAGCACCAAGAAAAGGAAGGGAAAUAAGAAAAGGGAUAAGAACUCAAGUAACAUGAACAUGCAUUCAGAUCUUUUGGUUUCAGAAAAGGUCCCGCUGAACAGCAGCGAAGAGAUGGAAGUAAACAAAGAUCGCAUCAUAAGUCAGACACUAGUGGUGGGCAAGGGUAGAAAGGCUUUGAGUGGAAAAGUGGUUAGUAUUAGGUACACUGGGAAGCUACUGGAUGGCACAGUUUUUGGGCAUUCUACUGCUGACUGUCCUUUGGUGUUUAAGCUAGGUGAUGGAAAGGUUAUCGAGGGUGUGGAUGUUGGCAUUGUUGGCAUGCGUGUCGGUGAAAGAAGAAAGCUCACAAUUCCACCGUCAUUGGGGUUUGGUGGCAUAAAGAUGGGCGACAUUCCAGCGAACUCGACGCUUGAGAUUGAUAUCCAGUUGACUCGCGUGGUGAACUAACAUAUGAGAGGACCGAUUAGCAUUUGACACCUGAAGUUAACAGAGGCGUAGUAGUAGGCCUGUUGAGAUUCUUAGAUAUGAGUCAGGUUAAACAGUGUCAGACUGAUUAGGAUCUAACAGAGGCGCAGUAACCUGUUUGCGUCACCCUAAAAGCCUUUUCUUUUUUGGGAGAACCACCUUAGAAGCUACUUCUACAUUGCACACUAGCCCAGGCAACAAAAUUGGAAAGAAAAUGUUAAAUUGAGGUUUCCAUGUCA